AUGUUGGGGCUCAUUAUACCAGCGUUAUUUGCAACAUCCGCGUAUCCACUCGCGCAUCAUCUUGCUCGAUCUAAAAAGCACUUGUUCAGCAGUCGACCGUCAGAUGGGACACUGACUCGGUACUCUAUCGCCUCCACCUACGAGCUAGUCAGUGAGGGGACCAUGGACAUACCUUCAUCAUGUCACGCAGGCAACACAACCAAAUUCACGUCCCUCCAUCUCACCUCUUCUACUAAAAACCUUGGGAUCUGGGGAACGGCUAGUACCGGGACAUGCAGCGUGCUCUUUGGACUCACAUCCGACGGUUUUACCACAUUGCGGUCUAAGGAGAUUGCCGGAGACGUGCACUCACUUGCCUGGAGCUCGGAUGGCCGCAAUCUGCGUGCUCUAGACUCGCAUUCAUCAGCGUCUUCCGCGACCUCAAUUACCAACUUCCGUAUUGCUGACGACCCAAACCUGGAGGAUAUUGCUGGCACAGACGUUCUCGCAAAUGUCACCAAAGCAUCGCAGAUCGUAUCGCAUCCCAGCUCAAACAUGGUCUACCUUAUUACUAAAGAUACAAACGAGCUCAUUACAAUAUCGCUACAACAGAACAAGCACAUACGCCGCCGUGCAGCCUUGUCACCGUCACGAUACAAGCUUCUACCAUCUUCGCUCGAUGCCACCCAGUUUCACGCUUCGUCUCUUGCUAUUACUUCCUCAAAGACGACUCUCUGGACUCUUACCCAAUCUCCCAAUCAAGCUGUAAUCACAGCCUUUAGUCUAAACGCUACCACUGGUGAGGUCGUUGAUGUUGCUGCGCGGGCCAGUUGGAAGGGUGCUGGCGAAGGGCAGCUUGCCGCAGCCCCAUUUGAACUUGGCAAUGUGGUUGCUAUCACUAAUUCACCGAUGGGUUAUAUAACACUUCUAGGACUGGACACAAGCUCUCCAGCGGUUGGUCUCGAGCUUGAUCAAAGUAGUAAGCAUGACUUCCUGCAACCCAUGGCUGUGGACAAUAUCAGCGUGGAGGCAGCAGCUGCGAAGAUUCAAAGUUAUGGCCGGAGAAGUCUUGAUGACUUUGUUGGGCUAGGCGAGGGUGUUUGGAUCGAUUAA